AUGGGGCCCCGUCCCUCCAACUCACAGACGCCAGUCGCAGUCGUCGGCACUGGCUUAGCUGGUCUCGUAACAGCUUAUCUUCUUCACAAUGACCCACUCCAACGAUUCCACGUUACCCUAUUUGAAAAGCAAGAUCAAAUUUCUUUAAGCGCUGCGUCGGUGACGCUCGAGGAUAGCCAUGGCCGCCGCGACAUUGUCGACGUGCCCGUGCGCGCCUUUGCGCCCGGCUAUUAUCGCAACCUGAAGGCCAUGUUUGAUUUCUUUCGUGUCCCAUACGAAGCGCAAAAGUUUUUGUAUGCCUUUUCCAGUACAUCGCCACGCAAGGGCGACACGCCGCCCUACUAUAUCCAUUCGUCCAAUCUGCACCGCUGGCCGUCCCGUCCAGAGGGGACAUCAUUCUUCAGCAUGUUGGGACAAAUUGUGUAUCUGGGACUCUGCUUGCUGUGGUUGACGUUAUGCUGCGCACUCGUGACCCCGCAGCGCGAUGAGAGCCUCGAGGCAUAUCUCCAACGAACUCGCAUUCCCGAGGGGUUCACCAAGCAUUAUCUCCUCCCCCUUAUUUCAAGUGUGGCGACCUGCUCGCAUCAAGAACUCUUGCGCUUUCCGGCUCAGGAUUUCGUAACGUAUAGGAAUCAAAUACUCGGGAGCCAGCAUUUUUGCCUGGCCAAUGGCAUUCAGGAUGUGCAGCAGAAGUUGAUUGCAGGAAUCGACGUCCGGCUGGCAACCGAGGUGGGCAAAGUUACGCCAACCGACGGGCAAGUGAGACUCCACUGGCGGACUCGAGGCAAGGAUGGAACGGAAAAGAGCGGCAGUCGGGACUUUGCAAACGUGGUGAUUGCGACUUCGCCCGAUGUUGUUGGGUGGCUGGUUCCGCAUUUGGGAGACAUCAUGGCCAAGAUGCCCACCACUCAGGUCAAGACGUGCGUUUUGCAGCCCACGGGAGCCCGGGCAAAGCUUUCAGUGGUGAAGAAUGUUUCGAAUGUGCCCGAAAUAAGGACGGAGCGACGUGCGAACCGGGCUGUUACCGGUACUCAUCUCAUUGCUCUCAAGACGCACACCGAGUCUCCUGCGUGGACAGAGGCGCACCAGCUCUCCCCGAGCGGCGCCUGUGUCGCGGUCAAUGCGCCGGACGAGGAAGAUCGAUCAACUGCUGUCUUGGCCAGGUCUCAAUUUGUACGAACUUUGCGGACAGUCGAGAGUCGGGGAUUGACGAACCGUUUAUUUGGCGAAAUGGUGCAGAAAAUGGGCGAGCCCGUCGAACCGGGCUGGACCAACGGAACUGAUGGUAUUUGGCUUGCCGGAUCUUGGUGUUGGGAUGGAAUGGUUCUGUUGGAGGGUUGUGUUGUCUCUGCUGCGAGGAUUGCGACCCAGCUCGGCGUUGAGAUUCCUUGGUAG